AUGGUUUCGGAGAAGCUAUACGACUUAUGCCUGCCCAUACUGUCAGAUGCGGCGCUAGGGGAGGAAGAGAAGACGGAUAAGCUGGAGGAGAUCUUGAGCAGUGAACCAACCUCCUUGAAAGGCAAGGCCCUCGAAGAUGCAGUCUUGGGCGCGCUGUGGCAAUGGAAGAGUACAAAUGAGAAACUCACCUCACCCCCGCCCGCCCGUGGUGCAGCCGGCGCCGCCAACCGCGCCAUGUCCCCCGCGCCCUGGCUUCACCGCUCCGGCACGCCCAGCGCGAGUGCCGCUUCCUCACCGCGGAUGCCGAGUGCAAUCCCCGUCCGUGGGCCUCUCGCCCGUACUGCCUCUGCUGCCAGCUCCUUCACCUCGCCCAAACCCUCUCCACGCCUUGCCUUUGCCAUGCCGGCCAUGGGAUCACACUCAGGCACCCAUCACCCAACUUCACCUCCUGCUCUCAGCGCAAUGGACAGCUUCGGCGACUAUGGCAGUGACACGGUGGAUUGGCUGACCAACGACGACGAUAUGAGCAGUACAGUCACUUUGGGCGAUGUGGACUUCGCUCCGGGAGCCGACUUCCUCUCGGCCUCCACUGCCGACAUGACCCCUUAUGACAUGCUACGCUCCAUCCUGCAGAAUCACAGUACCGAUGCAGAGCUCGAGCAAAUCCUAGAAGCAAACGGCUACGAUCUAGGACAGACCGUCACCUCCAUAAUGACCACGCCCGGACUCAUCCCAACCACCACCUCUGUGCAAGAGACCCCUCGCACCUAUCUUGUUGGAAAGAGCAUGGCCCCAGCUGCACGACCGACAACUCCAGCGGGUCAGCAAAAGUCUCCGGUCGUGUGUCGGUAUUGGCUAGCAAGCGGGCAUUGUGCACGCGCCGACUGCCGCUUUGCUCACGAAGUGCAAAACUCCCACGUCUGCAAGUACUGGCUGCAGGGUAACUGCUUUGCAGGAGCAAACUGCCUCUUCUCUCAUGAUCCCUCCACGCUCAUGGCCCAAAUCAGCAUCUCCAAUGAUGGCGCCAACAGUGCGCAACAAUUCGUUCCAAACUUUCAGCUCCAGGACUACGACAGCUUCCCAGCCCUUCAACCUACCUCUAGCAACCCCUACGACGAUGGUUCAGACAUGAACGCCGAGACAGGCUUCCAACAGAACUCGUCCGGUCUGUUUCCUACCCAGAUUCCUACAGGCCCUCGUCAAAGCCAACCAAACUCUCGUCCCGGAAGCCGGCAUUCUUCUCGCGCCCCGACUCCGAGUCAGCCCAACUUCCAAGACGACGAGGCUUUUCCUACAUUGGGCAGCGCUGCAGCCUUCAAACCUCAGAGUAAACGGCACCACGGCAAACGUGGCGGGCAUGGUAAUCAGGGAGCGAGCAGCGUGGUCGCUCACCAGCCUACAAACCUGGCGGACGUGGUGCGCAUGAACCCGCCCACCCAACCGCUGGCGUCAAUGAACAGUCGGGAUGCGCUUCGCCGUGGCCUGCGAAACAACCGCUCCUUCACGUCAUCGCGCGAAAAUUCCACACUGGCCAUGCAAAUCCCACCGCCUUGCGAGAUUCCAUGGCUGGAGACGGGCGAGAAGGCCAACCAAGCGUACCUCAAGGCACGCCAAGAAGCCUUCAAGCAUGGUGGACAACGCAACAAAUUCCUUCAAUCCGCUGCGCAGGCCUGGAAUCGCAACGAUGCUCGUGGGGCAAAAGCGCUCAGCCUGCGAGGGCAGAACGAGAACGCACUCAUGCGUGAAGCGCAUCGGGAGGCUGCACGAGCAUUGUAUGAUGCAAGGAACAAGAACCAAGGCGUCGGCAAAGAGAUCUACAUCGAUCUUCACGGGCUACAUCCGGAGGAGGCGGUGGACUAUCUAUCCGAUUGUCUGAUGGAGCAAAAGUCGUCAUCUCGCCCGAUAUACGCAAUCUGCGGGACGGGGCAUCAUAGCAAGAACGGGAAGGACAAGGUGGGCAAGGCCGUUCGCCUCUUCCUUAACGAAUGGCGAUAUGCUUUCCGCGAGUUCUCGGUACCCGGCGACCGCAACAACAUCGGCGGAAUCCUGGGCGUCGACCCUACGAGUUAUGACAAGUCCAUGUCGGCGCCAAGCGCGAGUGAAGGUGGUGAAAGCGCCGUGGCGUAG